CUUUUCUUUUAAAAGUGCGCCAAUAAAGUUUCGGUUGAUGUGGUCUAUUUGAAACAAAAAAAAAAAUUUAUGACCUUUUGUUUUGCUUUUCUUUUUCUUUUUGUUAUUAUUUCUCCAUAAAACAUUUUUGAAAAACAACAAAAAUAUCAUUGGAAAGUGCCUUCUACCAUCUUAAUAACUCCAACAACAAAAAAAAUACACACUAUAUAGAGAAGCGUAACAAAUUUUCAAACAUAAGAGGCAAAAUAAAAAAUUACAAGUGCGAAUAUUGACUGAGGAUUAAGGGAAGAAACUAGAAAAUUGUAUACAAACACAUUCAAUUUCUCUACUUUACUAUUUUGCUUUAAAAUUGCAUAUUUUUUAAAAUUAGGCUUGCCAAUUUAGUUAAAAUUAAUUUAAAUUAAUUUUGAAAAUUGGAGAAAAUUCUCCAAUUGAGUUCAAUGUAUUAUUUGGUGCUAAAAUCAAACAUCGUAGGAUUUGCAUUACCUUUAAUAAAAUUGCUCAGAUAUCAUUAAAAAUUUCAAAAGUGAAUUUUAGAGUAAAUGAGACGCGAUUGGCAAGUCUAACCCUCUUGUUUUUUUUUUUUUAAAUAAUUGUAAAGUUGUGAUUUUUUUUUAUCACCUGUGUUGUGUACACCAUAAUGCCAUUUUAUGUUAAAAUAUUAUGUUAGUAUGAAUUUGAUGUAUAAAUUACUUUUGGAAGUUAAACAUAAUGUUAAGAAAAUUUUCUUAAAUAAAAACAACGUGUAAGAAUAAGAGUGAAAAAAAAUAAAAAUUGUGUGAAUUUUUUUCUUCAUGUUUAUAUGGAGGAAAAAAAUAUUAAAAUACAUUUAAACAAAAGUAAAAAAGAAUAAACUAAAAAAUAACGGUAAGGUGAAGGAAAUAAAAUAUAAAAAAAAAAUAGAAAUUUGUUAAAAUCCGUAAAAGCCAGACAACAAAUAGGCAAUAAAGAAAUACAUAAAAAAAGGAAAAAAAUUCAAAAACGAAAACAAAAAAAAAUUGUAGUAAAAGAAAACAAAAAAGAGAAGUUAUUAGAAGGAGAUAGCAAAGAAAAAAACUCAACAAACAAAAGCAAGAUAAAAAAUAUGACAACAAGAGGCAUACGACGGAAGAAAUCUUCAUUAUCGGAAGUUAAAAUUGCCGUUGUUGGUGCACCAGGUGUUGGUAAAAGUGCUCUCAUAGUUCGAUUUAUUUCCAAACGGUAUAUAGGGGAAUAUGAUCAUCAAGGAGAAAGUCGAGCUAAACAUGAAGCGAUGAUAGAUAAUGAGCCUGUGAUGUUCGAAAUUCUUGAUACCUGUCCGAAGGAUAAAGAUGAUUUUCCCAAUGCAUCAGAUUUAAUACAAUGGGCGGAUGGUUUACUUUUAGUUUACUCAAUUACCGAUAGGCAUUCAUUUAAUUAUAUAAGAAAAGUAAAAUCAGAUUUUAGUUCUGAUUUACCAGUUGUUCUUUGUGCCAAUAAAGUUGAUAUGGUCCAUCUACGUCAAGUGAGUACUGAGGAAGGUGAAAUAUUGGCAAAAGAUUUUGAAUGUAAAUUUAGUGAAGUAUCAGCUGCUGAACAUGUUGGCCAAGUUGCAGAAGUAUUUCAUGAUCUUUGUAAGGAUAUUUUAUCAUCAAAACGUAAAUCAAAACAAAGUAUAUUGGAAAGAGUUGAAAGGAUAUUAGGUGGUGGAACAAAACCUUACAGUAGAGGCAAAAGUGAUAGCGCUUUGCCAAAAGACUGAUUGAUGGUUUAAGUUUUUUUUUUUUUUUAAAAAAAUUUUCAUUUCUUUUCCUAUUCAUUUGCUUUUUGUUUUUUACUUUGAUGUUAUACAUAUAACACAUAUAUACAAACAUACAUAUAAA